AUGUUCACUUUAUGGUCAUUAUUGGAAGCGACACUGUUGUGUCUAAAUGCUGUCUGUAUCCUACAUGAAGAGAGAUUUCUAGCAAAGUUCGGCUGGGGAGCUACAACACAUCAACAGAGUUUUGAGCCUCCAUCAAUGAAGUCACAAGCUUUAAACUUAAUCAGAUCUAUUAGAACCGUUGUUAAGAUUCCGUUGAUAUUCUUCAAUAUAUUUGCAAUAACAUUUAAACUGAUAUUAGGAUAA